AUGUUGUUAAAUUUUAUAAAUAAUACGUGGAAUUCAGCAACUGUGUAUAAAAUCAACUUGUUCAUACGUAUUUUUAAUUCAAAAUUAUAUUUAAACGACAACUCCCUAAGUAAAUAUAAAUGCUUUACAUAUAAUAAACAUCAAACUAUUCAUAAUAUUAGCAUAAUGGACGCUAUUUAUUUUCAUAGGUAUUUUAUUGUGUCUAAAUAUCACUAUGUUUUCGAAUAUAUUUCAAUUAAAAUCUCCAGGUUAAUAUCACAAUUUCCACAGAAGUUUUAUUGUCGUAUUUUACAGUAUCUGCAAUGGUUGCUUCAUUCAAAAGUAAAAGUCCCCGGGUAUAAACAAGUAAAAUGA